AUGAACGUGUCUGCGGCCCCAGCCGUGAGCCCCAACAUCACCGUCCUGGAGCCAGUGAAGGGCCCCUGGCAGGUGGCCUUCAUCAUCCUCACCACAGGCCUGCUCUCGCUGGCCACCGUGACGGGCAACCUGCUGGUGCUGGUGUCCUUCAAGGUCAACAGCGAGCUCAAGACGGUCAACAACUACUUCCUGCUCAGCCUGGCAUGCGCCGACCUCAUCAUCGGAGUCGUCUCCAUGAACCUCUACACCACCUACCUGGUCAUGGGCCACUGGGCCCUGGGCACGCUGGCCUGCGACCUGUGGCUGGCCCUGGACUACGUGGCCAGCAACGCCUCCGUCAUGAACCUGCUCCUCAUCAGCUUCGACCGCUACUUCUCCGUGACGAGGCCCCUCAGCUACCGAGCCAAGAGGACCCCUCGGCGUGCUGCGCUCAUGAUCGGCCUGGCCUGGCUCGUGUCCUUCGUGCUCUGGGCCCCGGCCAUCCUCUUCUGGCAGUACCUGGUGGGCGAGCGGACGGUGGAGGCCGGCCAGUGCUACAUCCAGUUCCUGUCGGAGCCCAUCAUCACCUUCGGCACGGCCAUGGCCGCCUUCUACCUCCCCGUCACGGUCAUGUGCGUGCUGUACUGGCGCAUCUACCGUGAGACUGAGAACCGGGCGCGGGAGCUGGCGGCCCUGCAGGGCUCCGAGACCCCCGGCAAGGGCGUCGGGGGAGGCAGCAGCAGCAGCUCGGAGCGCUCGCAGCCGGGCCCCGAGGGCUCCCCCGACGCCCCGGCCCGGCGCUGCUGCUGCUGCUGGGGGCCCCGGCUGCUCCCCUCCUACAGCUGGAAGGAGGAGGAGGAGGAGGAGGAGGACGAAGGCUACCUGGAGUCCCUGACAUCCUCCGAGGGAGAGGAGGCGGGCUUCGAGGUGGUCAUCAAGAUGCCCAUGGUGGGGCCCGAGGCCCCGGCUCCGGCCAAGCCGCCGCCCCGGGCCUCUCCGCAGACGGUCAAGCGGCCCACGAAGAAGGCCCGAGAGCGGGCGGGCAAGGAGCCCAAGCGGAAAGGGAAGGACCAGCUGAGCAAGCGCAAGACCUUCUCGCUGGUCAAGGAGAAGAAGGCUGCGAGGACCCUGAGCGCCAUCCUCCUGGCCUUCAUCCUCACCUGGACGCCCUACAACAUCAUGGUGCUCGUGUCCACCUUCUGCAGCCACUGCGUGCCCGAGACCCUGUGGGAGCUGGGCUACUGGCUCUGCUACGUCAACAGCACCAUCAACCCCAUGUGCUACGCGCUCUGUAACAAGGCCUUCCGCGACACCUUCCGCCUGCUGCUGCUCUGCCGCUGGGACAAGCGGCGCUGGCGGAAGAUCCCCAAGCGCCCGGGCUCUGUCCACCGCACCCCGUCCAGGCAGUGCUGAUGCCCCGCCCCGCCCAGCCUCGCGCUCCUGUGCUUGUGCUCCUCCGCCUGGAAGAGAGACGCCCCCCCCAUCCAGCCCCCCCAUCCUUUCAACUCGGCGAGUCCAUAUUAAGCGCCUACUGUGUACAGUACGCCUCGGAGGCGCUGGGGAUACCAAGACUCAACACAUGCCCUCGAGGGGCUUACAGCCCGCACCGCGGCUCCAGCCCUGCCCGAGGGCAAAGGAGGAAUCCCGGCCCAGUGAUUCGGCUGGCCUUGAGGAGGGAGGAGAAUCCGGAAGGCUUCCUGAAAGAGGCGGCCCACAGAGACUUGGGGGAGAAGAGGAAGACCGGGGAGCCCAGGGCCUGUUAAUCCCAAGAAGGAGCAGGCAGGGCCAGGGAAACAGGUUUUUCUGCUUUCUGAUUGGAAGGAAUGGCCUGUGCACCAGGAAGAAGCCCCGGGAGGAGGA